AGCAGAUUGACAGAGGGCCUGGGUAGCUUCUGUUUGCGCUGGCUGAACUGCCUGGAAUGAGAACUCGUGUGGCGUUGCCCAGUUCGAAAUGCAACACAUCUUUUCAUUGCAUGGGUACAGAGGAGAUUGAGCGACCUUAUGCCUGAGUUGCCGGAAGUGGAGUACUCCCGGCGCUGUGCGCAGAGAGCCUUGGCCAGCAAGAGGAUCUCUGCAGUGAAGGUGGCCAAUGACAGAGUGGUGUUUGAAAAGGUGCAGCCGAAGCGCUUCGCCAAGCUGAUGACGGGCAGAAAGGUGAAGCGGUGCAGGCGCUGGGGCAAGCAGCUCUGGUUCGAAAUGGACAAAGGGCCAUGCCCGACCUUGCACUUGGGUAUGACAGGCAGCGUCCACAUCAAAGGCAAGCGUGGGCUGAAGUAUGUUCGACUCAAGGAGGAGGAUCCCAACACUUGGCCUCCGAGAUUCUGCAAGUUGGAGCUACAGAUGAGUGACGGCACCUGCUUCGCCAUGAGCGACCCCCGCCGCUUCGGACGCAUCAGCUGCCGCAAUGACCCGCUGCACGAGCCUCCGGUGAGCCGCAUGGGCUUCGACCCUUUGAUCAAGAUGCCCACAGCAGCAGACUUCGCUGCGCAGCUGCGGAAGCGCAUGGCGGACAUCAAAGCGGUGCUUCUUGACCAGAGCUUUGCAGCCGGCGUAGGCAACUGGGUGGCGGAUGAGGUGCUCUACCAAGCUGGCAUCCACCCCAAGGAGCGGGCCGCGAAGCUGUCGCCCAAAGCCGUGAAAGCAUUACACCGGCACCUGGGCGCGGUGGUGAAGCGCGCGGUGAAGGUCAAUGCGGACGCCGCCAAGUUCCCUAGGACUUGGCUCUUCCACUACCGCUGGGCGCUGACCUCAAGCGUGCAAGGGCAAGAAGAAUACCCAGGACGCCAAAGGCCGACCCUUGAGGUUCCUGACUUCUGGCGGCCGCACUUCUGCAUAUGUCCCUGCUGUGCAGAAGCUGGGGGCGGCAGGCGACAAGCGGGGCCAGAAGCGCGCGGGCCGACCUGAGCGUACCGCGAGCGGCAA